UCCAAAAAGAGAAUUAUUAUUUAUUUAAGUUUAAUUAAAAAAGAAAAGGACAAAAAGAACGAAAAACCUCUCCUUUUGUGUUGUUGAAAAACCCUAGCUCAGGUGUGUGUGAAUUUUUCGGUGGCGGUGAUUUCUCCAAUGGCUUCUCGUUAUAGAUCAUUUUCUCAACCAGCAUUCUCCCUAAUUAAAUCCACCAUUUCCAAGCCCAAAUCCUCACCCUUUCUCCUCAAAACUCGUACUUCCGUCACCGUCAGGUCAGUUGCGGAGCUUGGUUGCGUGCAGUCGCUACUUCCAUUGCACUCGGCGGUUUCUUCAGCGCGCCUCACUUCUUGCCUCGGCAUCGAUUCAAGGAGUUCAAAGUCUUUGUCUCAGGGUAUGCUUUGCAGUGCCGACCCCGGAGUUUGAUUUAUCCGAUACUUUUUAUCUCCUUUCUUAUCUAAAUGGGACUUGGCACACCACGAUAAGAGAUUUGGAAGACUGGUGGUGUUUGAUGGACUAGAGUCAUCAUCGUUCACUUUGCUAGGAUGCCCUUUUGUUAAUUAUUUUGAAGUUUUUUGACAGAUCAUUGUAACAGGUAUAUAAUUGGAAGGAUCUUUCCAUCUUCUACUUACAAUUUCUGAAUUUCAAUGAUUUCUUAUAAUUUUUUUUUACCAUUUCACUGUUACUUGUUAGUUGUUUCCAAAUUCAAACUUUGCCGCCAGGACUUGGUGAAUAAAAUCAAAGUUUCACUGAUUCAACUUGUUA